ACUCGUCCACGGGACCACGCUCCCAUACGGGUGUUCGAUGCCAUCCCCCUAAUCACGUCGAUCCUCGAUAGACUUCGCCUAUCAGAUAUCCUCGCCGUACGAGAGCCCAUCACACAUAUAUAUACCUUCAACACACUCGCGGAUAGUUGCACCGAAAUAGAUGGCCCCGACAAUGUUGUCGCGACUACACCUCCGACGUCCGCCUUCCACGCCGUCGUCUCCUCAAGUGAGCUCCCUGGACCUGGAUACAGCAUCCCAGACUCCGACAGCUCCCGAUGGCCGACCACAGUCAGCCAAAUCGGCUAGCUCCUCCCACAUUCCGUCCACCCUAUCGACGACCCCAAAACCGAUACCGAAUAUUAGCGACAAUGGAGGCAUCAGCGCAGCAGGUUCAGUCAGCGGAAUGCCUUUACAGAUGUAUCGCUCCGCCGGAAGUUCGGCCUCUAGCCAGCCUUCGGAGAGUCACAAGCCGCGAACAAAGCAGGCUCCGCCGCCCAUCGAUACUACCGCCGCUACUCGGGGGUCCUUGGCCACGAGACUCAGCAAGAUCUCGUCCUUCGUGACCCCAACCGACCUUAAUAGCAGUGGCCCUUUCGGCAAACGUCCCACGGGGAAGCGCAUGGCUAGCGAGCCAGCUACCAAAGCUACCACCACUCCGGAAUCCGCAAAAUCCAAAAAGUCCUUGCCCUUCCUCAAGAAGCACUCGGUGUCCAAUUUGUGGAUGAGGAGGAAGACUGCGCAAAACCCACCGGAUCUGCCACCCCUGUCCUCCUCGGCCGAGCCUACCUAUGACCCGCGUAUCCGGGGCACAAAGGUCCACGAUUUCAGUGCUCCCAGACCCAAGCGGACGACGUCGCAGAAUGAGGCGGUGGUUAGUCCCGUCAAGGAGUCUCCAAGUAAUGACGCUGCAUCGAAACCAUAUACAGCGGAAGCGAGUACGGGUAGCACCCUGGUGGGAACGUCACAGCCCCUGGCUCCUGGUCUCAAUGACGUUGCCAUUUCCUCUCCGUCGGGGGUGCAAGACACGGGACCGACCAGGGGCAACAGUGACGCGAGAUCAAUACCUCAAGAUGCCUUACCAUCACCACUUCUUGCCAACCCUUCGCCGGAUGAACAGGACGCGCGGCCAUCAGUACAGCUCAGGGAUGAUCCCGUUCCAGCCCUGGGUCCUUCGUCUUCGGUGGCAUCUCAGGAUACUCUGACCGGAACAAUUGCCGGCCCUAACGCCAAUGCUUCAGUCCGAACUGCCAGAUCACGCAACCUUUCUAAGCGAUCCAUCCGUGAUUCUGCUCUUUCCGGCAUUCCAAAACACAUGAAGAGCACGUCUUCUCGGUUCAGCUUCGACAUGAUGGGCUCAGCCGACGAGGAGAAGGCGUUGGAAGAACGACAUCGGCAGCGUCAACGAGAGAAGGGAGGCGGUGCCACAAGUGCCCUGAGGCAAGAACACGAUUCCAGAUUUGAUGACCUGGAAGAGGAAGAUUUCGACUAUGACGCCAUGAUGGACGACGACGGUCUGGAAGAGCCCAUUCCCGGUGUGAAUGCGGAUUACGAAGAUGACUACAUGGAAGAACCAAUUCCAGGGGUCAACGCGGACUACAUGGAAGAACCAAUUCCCGGCGUUAAUGCGGACUACGAUGAUCUAGAGGAACCCAUCCCUGGUGUCAAUGCUGAUUACGAAGAGCUUCCUGAGGAAAGUCAAGACAACGACUACGAUCCUGAAACAGACCCAGACAAUGAUCAAGAGAACUUCGCUGGGUUUGACUUUCAGCGGUCAAACAAGAGCUCCGGCCCCAUUACACCCCAUAGUCCUGUCAUCGCUUCAACACCCAGCAAUGAGACCGACCAGCCCAUCGCCUCAUCCGUAACGGAGAACAGUACUCCAGAUUUACCAGAAUGCGCCGCAAUGCCUGACCUGGCUGCUCCCGCACCAGCUCUUCCGGUACCACAUCAGUCAUCAAGCCCUGAAACUACUCGCGCACCAAUCACUCCAGAACCUAUUCCUAUAGGGUUACCACCGACCAACCCCACCCGCAGAGAGGAUGAUAACGACAUCUACUUUGACAACGGCUUGGCGGAUGAACUUGAUUUCCAGGGCGAUGGGACCCAUUUUGAUGAGUCCCUCUUCGAUCUCGACGAUACCGAUCAAUAUGGCCGCCCAAUCCCCGGUGCGUUUGCUCGGGCGGCUGAGCAGGCGCGGGCACGGCAGCUAGCCCAACUUGCUGAGUCCAAUGCCGCAGCUGCCCCUGGUGUUGACCCAGUGCAGUCGACGGUUGCUGGCUCCCUGCAUGCCCUCUCUACUGGAGAAGACCCUUCUUCUACCCAGCUCCCUCAGAUGCCUACCCAAGCCAUGCAACAAAUGUCGAUAUCUGGCCUUGAUAUGGCAUACCAGGCUGCCCUGGCCGAAGCAGCCCAAAGAGCAGCAGAAUCCGGCAAGUUCCGGAGAAGUUCGUCACCUGCUGUACCUGAAGAGCCUACUGUCACGUCACCCACCGAUUCGGCCCAGUCGCGUGACUUCGUACAGCAAAACGAGCUGGACAACUAUGAGAACGAUGACGAUGGCUUCGGCGAAGGGUUAGACGAUUACGAUUUUGAUGAUGAGGCCAUUAUUGCCGAAGCUAACGCUAGUGCACUAGCGAACGACUCUGAUGGUUGGUACGGUCAAGAAUUUGGCUUCUACUCUGCUCCCUUGGCCCAAUCAGGCCACGGCUACGGCAGCUCAUCCUCUAGUCGCAAUCCCCCCGACUCAGAGAACCCCUUCCAGUAUUCUUAUGGUGGCUACUUCGGCCCUGCAGGCGAGGGCGUCUUCCGGUCCAAGAGUGGCCGCGUCGUCUGUCGCGAACCUACCCUCACACCCAUCACGGAAACGUCCGAGUACUCUAACCGCAACUCGAUCAUGAGCCUCAACCUUCCACCAUCCAUCGAUGCUCGUAAUUCGACAUCUCUGCAAAGCCCCACUCUGGCCCAACUGGCCCUGAUGGACGACGACGAGUUCGAUUCGAUCAAGAAGCUGCGCAAAAAGACAUGGGCAGGCUCUCAAGCCAGCAUUAUGAGCUCCCGAGAGGGAAGUCCCCGGGCCGAAAGGGCGCCGCAACUUAUUGACCCGGCUGGUUCACCAUUUGCUGCAACGACUGGCGGUCAUUUCGGGGCGGGCCUUGGCGCGUAUGACCAAAUUAAGAGAAGUCCUUACUCAAUGUUGAGUAGUUCGCAACCAGGAGGUGAGGGAAGGUCGAUCAGUCCCACGCUUACGAACAAGAUUCAAGCGGUGACUAUGCCGAUUGGACCUGUUCCUGGGUUCGUCUCUCCCAAUGAUAUGGGGCUUUCCCAGCAACAACCUUCGCUUCUUGGUCCACCUGUUAUGAUGCCCACGUCAGCACCGCAACAAUUACCGGUGGGAAUAGGACUGGGAGGUGGACAAGGCUGUCCCCCAGUUGACGAAAGUGAGGAGUAUGAGACCUCGGGGGUGGUGUCGAGGGGUUCACAGAAGCCCCUUCAAGAAAAUGCGAGGGUUAAUGGUGGAAUAACGUAUGGUUCGUUGGGGAGACGUACAUCUGUUGUUGGAGGUGUCGGACAACAGGAGCAGAAGAAGAAGGUGGUGGGGUGGGCAUGAGCUGGAUAUGUCCUUUUGCUGUUGAGAAGUUGAAGCAUCUGUAUAUACCUUAUUGCUUUCUGGAUACCAUAGCGAACAUGUUUCAACGUUAAUGACAUAUUGGAUACAGUUCGUUUUUUGUCAUGUGUCACCCUCGCCGUCGAACCGACUAAAAUGAUGGCCUAUCUCGCCUAGAAUGACGG